CCCCGGCACCGCCCUGACACCGCCCGAGGGGCAGGGCCGGCGGGGAGAGGAGCAGAGCGGAGCGGAGCGGGGAGAAGCGGAGCGGUGCCACCAUGAUGUGCGGGGGUGCUUCGGCGGCCCGGCCCGCCACCGAGGAGACGCAGCGGAUCGCGGAGCAGGUGAGGGGCCGGGCGAGCCCCGUGAGGGAGCGGCGGGCGGGUGAAUGCUCAGAUCUGUUUAUUUCCCUGGAAUUUAGGAAGAAGGAGAAGGAUCUCACAGGGUUUUGUGCUUUGCAGGUCCAUGUUGGGAAUGAUGAGUUCAUGCACCUGCGGGUGUUCAAGAGCCUCCCCCAUGAGAAYGAGCAGCUGAGCCUGCACAGUUACCAGGGCAGCAAGACAAAGCACGAUGACCUGGCUUAUUUCUAGCAACCUUCUCUGCUGCCUUUCCCUGACCGGUUCUUAGGUGCAUUUUCUGCAGGCUGCAAAAUGAUGUUUCUUGUGCCAACAAAGGCAGGAAAAUGUGUCUUUUUUAAAGCAUAACGGUGGAAAAAAAUCAAUUUCUUUUAUGCCAUUCCCUUCCUGUCCAGUGUCCCAGUCUGAGAGUUGCGUGGCUCUCCUGUUACCUGCACUAAUGUAAACCCAAUUUUUAUCUUAAUUUAACUUAGGCUUUAGUGCAACUUAUCCAGAAUACUGUGGSUGAAUCCUGUUUGUGGACUUCCUUGGUUGGGAAAUCAGAGGGGGAGUGAAACCAGCACUCAUGUUUGCAGYAAGGAACAAGGGAAAAGCCUCAGUKUUUUCURUGCUGUUUUGCACCUGUGAAUAUGUGUGUAGAUUUAAAUUGUACUUUGUAUUUUAUGGGCAAAGACCUGGUGAGAGAUUCAAGAUAAAGCAAAUUUUUAAGGAAGAGAAUUACAGUAGUUUGUAACAAACAUUCCCUUGGUAAUCAUGCUCAUCCUCUUGCAGCAGAAGCAUAUCAUGUCCCUUAGAGGGUGUGAGUUCUGCUUCUGUUCUCAGUCCUGUGUGAAGGAAACUUAAGCUGGACAAGCAUUUCUGCAUUUAUUACAAUAAACAUUUCUUUUGACUUAACAUGU